AUGGACAAUGAGAGGCUUUCGCCGUCGCCCCCUCCCGGGCCCAGUCCGCCGGCUUAUGCCUCCCACCACCCGUCCGAACUCGAAAGGCACGGCCCACACACCGCGGUGGCAGGUCCUCAGCCACUCCCGUCCUUGCCAUCUAUUCAUCAGCUGCCACUCAACCUACCCUCUUCCAGUACAGGGCUCCAUCGCCUCUCCAUGGCCCCUCCACACCCCUACGCUCCUACCUACGAGUCUGCUUCGGGGUACAGUGCCGGUGAGCAUUCUCGCGCCUCCCCCUUGCACUCCGCGCCCUUCAUGCCUCUUCGUGUCUCAGCCCUCCCCAUGAGAUACCUAGACGAUUCUGAGCACGACGGCGGUGACCCCGGCCCUCCAAAGAAGAAGCGUCGUCGCCAGGCACUCAGUUGCACAGGUAAACGUCGCCUUAAAAUGCCCCUUGUCGACCGCUGA